AUGGCAAUUCAAAUAACAAACAUUGAUAGAGACGAUUGUACAAGUAUCACCAAAGAAAGAUUCUAUGAAUACUUAAAGGAUAACAAACCAGUCAUCUUUAGCAACCUUGCAAAGGAUUGGACUGCUAUUAAUAAAUGGACAAAUGAAUUCUUGGUUGGUUUGGUUGGUGAUAAGCUUGUAGAUGUCGAUAUGUGUACCUUUGGUUCAAUGUCUGAUAUUCAUAAACUUCCAUUCUCUAAAUACAUUGAUAAUGCUGUCAAUAAUAAUUGGGGUGAUAAAACAUCAACAACAGAGAAACCUUAUCUACGUAAUUUUUCAUUAUUGGAUGAAUUCCCACAAUUGAGUGAUGAUGUAAAGAGUCAAACAUUCUUUAAUACCGAUAUACAUAAUAUGAUUGUUCGUGGUGCUUUUAUUGGAUCAAAGGACUCUGUUACCAAGAUGCACUGUGAUACCGGUGACAACUUGGUAUGUGUUAUUCGUGGUGCCAAAAAGAUUGUCAUGGUUGAUCCAACUCAAUCCAAGAAACUUGUCACUGCUCACCAAGACAUGGAUAUCUCCAUAGACGAACAAGACAACAUUGGUCAACCAAUCCAACAACAUCCAGCAUUCCAACAAUUGGAAACUGUCUAUGACUCUAACCUCAACCAAGUCUUGAAAAAUAGAUCAUCAUCACUUUUAUCAAUCAAUCAAUCAAUUUAA